AUGUUUUACCUGGACUGAAAGCUGAAUAUUUUGAAAGGCUCUGGUGUCUCAGGUAAAGGAUCAGACAGGAGGGAGAGGGCAGAACAGGGUCCCUGUGCAUUAGGCAAAGGCUCUUGUAAUCUCCCUUUCAGCGCCUGCUUGAAGCCUUAUUUUGUUAGCUGUGCAUAUUUGUACAGGGACAUGCAGGCGGUAGGUGGCUCUUGUUGUUCUAACCCCAGCCAGCCAGGAGUUGUGUAUAGUUGAACAUGACAUAUUUUGGAGGAGUUGUUUGCUGGAGUGGUAGAGCCAGUCUGACGGGUUUCGAGUGGGAGACUAGGAGAGCCGGGGACGGGCGGAAGGGAGGCAGAUUCGGAGCCGGGCAGAACCGAGCCGCGCUGGACUCAGCUCACCCCCUCACUAUUGCGGACUGGGGCAGAACCGUUGCCGCUGCGCUGUGCGAACUAUAGCAUCUACUUCCCAGGCAAAGCGCCCUAUCUGCACCCUGGAUCUGCCAACGGGGACAGGAAAUCAGAGCUAAACAAAAAGAAGAGAGUUGCCCUGCUCCCUUCCGGGCCCUGCAUGCUCCCACAAGCACAGCAGCAAGGGUGGAUUUCUCUUUUGUCUCACACUGAGCUACAGGGCUUUGCUGGGCUGAGGAAGGAGCCCUGUCUCACAUGUUUAGCCCCAAGCAGCGCAGUGGUACAGGUUAUUCGUGUACGAACUAAGGACACAGGUUAAGAGCUGCUGAGAUCUGGGGCAGGAGGACAUACAGAGAGCUGCCGGGCAGAAUUUUGGAGGCUGCCAUUUUAAGCUGGUUCUGUUCUGUGGCACUUGUGGUUGCAGCCCAUAGGGCUAUGGAUCAGUCACAGAGGGCAGGAGAUUCGGGCCCCUCAGAUACAGACAUGAAAAGCAAAGGGUUGAACUCCACAGAGAACAUUCCCGUCCCCAGCAGCAAGAGAAGGACCUCAGACAUGGACAUGUCAUUUCCAGGAUAUUCCCAGGAUUCCCAGGAUCGCCAUGAUGGCACCAGCAAUGGGACUGCUCGGUUACCCCAACUGGGCACGGUGGGACAGUCUCCCUAUGCCAGUGCCCCCCCACUCUCUCACACUCCCAAUGCUGACUUCCAGCCCCCCUACUUCCCUCCGCCCUACCAGCCAAUAUACCCCCAGUCUCAAGAUCCUUACUCCCACGUCAAUGACCCCUAUAGUCUUAAUGCCCUCCAUACCCAGCCACAACCACAGCACCCAGGCUGGCCGGGACAGAGACAGAGCCAAGAGACUAGUCUGUUACACACACAUCGGGGGAUACCGCACCAGCUCUCUGGCCUGGACCCACGGAGGGAUUACAGAAGGCACGAAGAUUUACUACAUGGGCCUCAUGGACUCAGCUCAGGACUGGGGGACCUGCCUUUACACUCCAUACCUCACGGAAUUGAAGACGUAUCGCAUAUUGAGGACCCGAGUAUCAACAUCCCAGAUCAAACUGUAAUUAAGAAAGGGCCUGUAUCAUUGUCUAAAUCCAAUAACAAUGCGGUGUCGUCCCUCUCUCUCAACAAAGACAAUCUCUUCGGGGGAGUAGUCAAUCCCAACGAGGUGUUCUGCUCAGUACCUGGACGCCUGUCUCUGCUCAGCUCCACUUCAAAGUACAAGGUGACAGUUGCCGAAGUCCAGAGAAGGCUGUCCCCGCCCGAGUGCCUCAAUGCCUCCCUGCUGGGGGGAGUACUAAGGAGGGCAAAAUCUAAAAACGGAGGAAGAUCCCUGAGGGAGAAGCUGGACAAGAUAGGGUUAAACUUGCCGGCAGGAAGACGCAAAGCUGCCAAUGUCACGCUCCUCACAUCCCUAGUGGAGGGGGAAGCAGUCCAUCUAGCCAGAGAUUUCGGGUAUGUGUGCGAAACAGAAUUUCCUGCCAAAGCAAUAGGGGAAUAUGUCAACCGGCAACAUUCUGACCCGAACGAGCAAGUAACGAGGAAGAACAUGCUUCUCGCCACCAAACAGAUUUGUAAAGAAUUCACAGAUUUGCUGUCUCAGGACAGAUCCCCCUUGGGUAACUCCAGACCAAAUCCCAUUCUGGAGCCUGGGAUCCAGAGCUGCCUGACCCACUUCAACCUUAUAUCUCAUGGAUUUGGGAGCCCAGCUGUGUGUGCAGCUAUCACCGCCCUGCAGAAUUACCUCACUGAGGCACUCAAAGCAAUGGACAAAAUGUACCUCAACAAUAACAGCCAUACAGAUAACAGCAAAGGAGGGGAUAAAGAUGAAAAACACCGAAAGUGACGCCACCUGCACUCACCAACUCUUCUCCAUUGGUCUCCUGCCCGCUUGAGUGAGCAGAACGUGUUUUAUGGCUAACCAGGAUCUAGAUCAUGGGAGUCCAGUCUGGUCUAGAACAUUGCCCGAUCCUUUUGGUGGUGUCAAUCCACACCUGGAUACUAACAGAAUAGGCAAUGGAGCCACGCUGCGCAAGACAGCUCUGUUUUAGUGUUGGAACUUUUUAUAAGAGACAUUUUUUUCUAAAGAAAAAAAAAUAAUAAUACAAAAAAAAUCUAUAUAUAUAUGUGUGUCAUCGGACUGAUUCACCACCUUCCCUUCAGCUGAGAUUGUAGAGGCCCAGAGGAUGACAAUUAUCAGUAUUGUGAAUAAACUUGAACACAAAAUACUUACAGUUCCAUGUCAUGUCUUCAAGUUGUACCUACCCCCAUCCCCUCUAAAGGUAAAAUGAAACACCUUGAACUUUUGUUUUUGGACACAAGUCGCAGUCAAUUUAAAAGGGAAUCAGUGUUCAUGUAUAUAUUUAUUUAUGUGUAAUUUAAUGGGGAUUGUAAAUAUGGUGCGUCUGUUAAAGCCUUUUUUUUAUUUAUCUGGUGAUCUCGUUUACCUAUUGUUUAGUGGGUUCUCACUAUACCUUCUAGUUCUCCAUGUUGGUCCUUGAAACUUCUUUAGAUAAGUCAAUUUUUUAACCCCCACUCUCCCCCCAAAUCAGCAUUUUUAGCUCUGUUGUAGCAUGUUCAGCCAUCCACAAAGCAACGGAACAAAGUAAAAGACAAUAAAAUGAGUUUUAUAUAUGACUGGAAA